CCUCACAGCGUGGGCGCCCCGCACCCUCUCAGGGAGGGCGCCUGAUUUGGUGGUCGGCCGGCACGCAAACCCGCUUCGCGCUCCUGCCACCGACUCAAAGAGCGGUCCGGAGCCCGUGCUGAGCCGCCAGUGGUGAGGGCGAGAAGAGGCAGGCGCCCGAGGCCUAAAGGCCGGACCCGGGCCCUGCGACGGGUGGUCGCCGCCGAUUACCCUCGUGGGCGCCUGGCGGCAGCGCCCCCUGGCGGCCGGGUGGCUCCGCCCACGUGUGUGAGGUGGGGGUGCUCGCCGGGCGCGCACCAUGAGCUUGGCGGAGUGUCGGAGCGGCGGCGCUCUGCAGGUGAAGUUCGUGCCCGACGAGGACGUUCUGAGGCACAUCGCUGACGACGCAGGUGUUAAAGUUCAGAAAGGCAAAAACCAGCUGAUAGUCAAUACGAAGAGAUUUGUAAAGAAGCUUGAGGCUGUCUCAGAUGAUGAAGCUCAGGAAAUCCUGGAGGAGAAGAACUAUGUUGCUGUUUUAGGCGUAUGUGGCGAAGAAUCAAUGAUAAAUGGCUCAAGUGUAGGUGGUGGUGAAGUUUACACAUUCCAGACUCCCAAACGCUCCAACAAAAUGGCAGAGCUGGCCUCUGAAUUAGCACAGACACCGGGACAGAGUGUUGUACCUGAUCCCUCUGAGUGCCCUGAGAAAACAGCCAGAACCCCUCAAAGCAGCAAACGUUCAAGUUCAAACAAAGUUCAGCAGAAGACCAAGAAGAACGAAUUUGUGUCUACCACACCUUAUAGGCUCCGAAGGAGACUAGCAGCUCCAGAUGCUCAGUUGGAAAGCGAGAGUGAAUAUUCUGCUUCCUGCUCAGAAGAGGAGGAGGUAGAAGAAGCCCAGAAAGAAGUCAGCACUGUUGUGUCACAUCAGAAGACCCCAGCAAAAACUAAGGCCGUAUCUACGCCUACUUCUAGAAAAACCCUAACCAAAAAAAAAGACAGCAUGAACAACCUCGUAGAGGAAUACUUUGAAGCUCACAGUAGUUCCAAAGUGCUCACUUCGGACCGAACGCUGCAGAAGUUACGGAGAAAAAGAUUGAAUCAGCAAACAUUGCAUGACCUUCUGCAAAAAUCUCCCCUUGCCUAUGCUGCUGAAAUUAAAGAGUUAAACCAGCAAUAUGAGUCCCAGUUUUCAAAGUGGAUGCUGCAAUUACACUUAGGUUUUAAUAUUGUGCUUUAUGGACUUGGCUCGAAGCAUGAUUUGUUAGAGAAGUUUCGUACAUCUAUGCUCCAGGAUUCUGUUCACCUUGUGGUUAAUGGAUACUUCCCCAGCAUCACUGUGAAAUCUGUUCUCAACUCUAUCACAGAGGAAGUAUUGGACCAUAUAGGAACUUUCCGCAGCCCACUCGAUCAACUUGAAUUCAUCAUGAAAAGAUUUAAAGAAGAUUCGUCUUUAGAGCUCUAUGUCCUCAUUCAUAACCUGGACAGCCAGAUGUUGAGAGGAGAAAGAAGUCAGCAGAUCCUUGCACAGUUAUCCUCUCUGCCUAGCAUUUACCUCAUUGCUUCUAUCGAUCACAUCAAUGCUCCUCUCAUGUGGGAUCAGGCAAAGCAAAGCCUCUACAAUUGGCUUUGGUAUGAGACGACCACAUUUAGUCCUUAUGUAGAAGAAACAUCUUAUGAAAACUCAUUGUUAGUACAGCAAUCUGGAUCUUUGGCUUUGAGCUCCUUAACACAUGUCUUGCACAGCCUCACUCCCAAUGCCAGGGGAAUAUUCAGACUGCUUGCUCAGUACCAGCUGGAGAACAAGGACAACGCAUCUUACCCAGGCCUCUCUUUCCAAGACUUCUACCAGCAGUGUCGAGAGGCCUUCCUUGUAAACAGUGACCUAACGCUGAGGGCACAGCUGACAGAAUUCAGGGACCACAAGCUCAUUCGGACCAAGCGGGGAGCUGAUGGUGUGGAGUACUUAUUAAUACCUGUAGAUGACAGUACCUUGACCGACUUCUUAGAGAAAGAGGAUGAAGAUGUAUAACGUCUGUUCCCAAAACAACUACGGCAAUUGCUCUCAAGGGCUGAUGGAGAGGGGCCUAUACUCAGGUCUUUCUCUUCAGCCUCAAAGCUGCUGGACUACUUACUGAAAUGUAUUAGCUGUAAUGAACAACGUUUCUUGUUCAUCUGCUUCAGGUAGUUUGGAAUGAUAACUUCUUCAAGCAAGCUGUCUCUUGCUUUGAAGUUAAAUUUAUCUGCUUUGUCUCUUAGCUCAGAUGAUGCUCUUUUCAUAUCUACAUAGCCAACUAUAAAGUCAGGAAAACUAA